AGAUCAUCUGCCCAUGCACAGUAUACUGCAAUACCUCGCUGUCACGUGACCAUGACAUUUUUGUCAGGUGAUCAAGUUCUCGACUCUAGCUAGCUCGAGACCUCUGUCAAGGAUUUCAGUAGACAGGAAUAACCGUCGUUUCUGGGGAUUUCCUUAACAAUUCCGACAUUUCACCACAUGUGGAGCCAACGUAGUUCAGCGGAACAGCUUUUGGUCUAGGAUUUCAGUAGCUGGAAACUGUUAUUGCAACUUUGUUAUACGGUGCCCAGUCCCCAGAUCUGGGCUAGGCUUGCCUGCUUGGGUCAAGAAUUUGAAGAAUUUAGAUUUAGGCCAUAGGGCUAACGUCUUUAACGAGGGGCAAAUACAAGCUUCCAGCUUUAUGUCUCUACAUCCAAGUAAAUCCAACUCCAAAUAUGAAAUGAAAACUAUGCUGAUAAUAUUCUGAGGAUGGGGCAAACUUUUGAUUUUGUAUCUGACGUUGACUGGCAUCAUAUCUGCUGCUUGUUUAUCAGUAGUUUAAUACUCUUAAACCAUGCAUCCAUUUGUUCAGCUACCAUUCAGGAAUUUUACUCAUUGGAAGAUCAGGAAGCUUACAUAAAGUACUACAAGCAGUUCCCUGGACCUCUCCGUAAUUUUACAAAUGAAGGGAUGUUCAUGGUAGCAAAAUGUGCAGAGCUUACAAUAAAGGAAUAUAAUGACAGAUAUCAAGUUGCAUACCAGCUAAGGUACAUUACAGAUGCAUGGAUAGAAGACCAGAAUGAUCUGAUAAAAUUAGUGGUCAUAGUAGAAUCAAAUAAUCUUCAAUAUUAUGAGAUGUACCUUGAGGCAAAAUCCAUAUUGACACCCAAGUUUAUCAGUACAUCAAUUGUUAAAGCAGCAUUCAUUCUAAAGAAAGUAGACAAUUCUUGUGAUAAGUUGAGCUCAAGAGCAGGAUGCACAGAGUGUACACUGUUUGAACGCUGUGCCAAAGGUCAUGUUCCUGCUCAUCCAUGGCUAGACUUUGCUCUUAAAACACAACAAGAAAUACAAAUUGAUCAGGAGUUUCCAAAAGUACAGAUGCCAGCGGCCCAUAAUGCUUUCAAUAACAGAGCUGAUUAUUAUGGAGUUGUUGAUGACUGUCCUUGGCCCCCGCCAUAUAGUGCUGAAUGUAUAGGUUUAGCUAACCAGGAGUUUAGUCUGACUGAUAUGCUCAACAUGGGUAUCAGGUCAUUAGAGAUUGAUCCAUGGUGGUGUUUUGACGAGGUAAGAUUAAUUUUUUUUUCUUUGAACCUGCUACAAGGGACUUCAUUUACAUAUCUAUAAUAAAAUAUAUGAAUCACAAAAAAUAUGAAAAUACAAAAGUAAAUCAAUGCAAUCGAAUCAAUUAAUGAAUUUUAACAAUUUUUGUCUCGCCUGCAUAGCAGAGCGAGACUAUAGGCGCUGCUUUACUGGCGGCGGCGGCGUCAACAUCAAAUCUUAACCUAAGGUUAAGUUUUUGAAAUGACAUCAUAACUUAGCAAGUAUAUGGACCUAGUUCAUGAAACUUGAACAUAAGGUUAAUCAAGUAUUACUGAACAUCCUGCCUGAGUUUCAGGUCACAUGACCAAGGUCAAAGGUCAUUUAGGGUCAAUGAACUUAGACCAUGUUGGGAGAAUUAUUUUCAAAAUCUUAACCAAAGGUUAAGUUUUUGAAAUGACAUCAUAACUUAGAAAGUAUAUGGACCUAGUUCAUGAAACUUAGGCAUAAGGGCUCACAGGCCUAAUUCAUUUCUCAUAGACUCGUGUGUUAAAGUGGCACUUAAAAAGAAUUCAUAAAAAAUAAGGAGGAAACAUCGAGGGUUGAAUGUUUACUACCAGUGGAUAGGAUAAAUGUCUGACAUUCCAUAUCUGACCAGAAAAGGGUACCUCGACCGGCUCAUUUUAAAAAUAAAUCAGCAUUUAUGAAGACUACACCUGAUGGGAUCAAAUUCAUCACUUCAGAGAGUAAAAUGACCCUAAUUCUUCCGCCAGUAAAAAUAUAGUUCCAAAGUGGUGAUAUAUCUUUCCAAUUUGGAAAAAGUAAGUUCAGUAGGUACCCUCCGUAGCAUCAGUGUUAGAUUGUCAGUCAUAUUCAUUCAUUUUUGUCAAUCAGCAAUAUCAAAUUUAAAAAUUGAGCAAUGGGUUGGGUCGAAUGAAUAUCUUUUGCCUGCCAGUUGUGAUUAGGCCCGUGCAACCAUAAGGUUGAUCAGGUAUUAGUGAACAUCCUGCUCGAGUUUCAGGUCACAUGACCAAGGUCAAAGGUCAUUUAGCAGACCUUCAUUUUUGAGGAGCGCGAUCGCGCCGGCACUCCUACCGCGCUCCUUACAAAAAAUUACAAAAAAUCGCGCUCCUAAAAAAAAAAAAAAAAUGCAAAAAUUUCACAUUUUCUCCAUAAUUCCUUGAAAUUAUUUUGAUUUAGUUGAAAACUAUCAGAAAAAUGAAGAAUAUUCACCUCUUUCCCGACUCUGAUUUGAAUUUAAACUCGGUAAAUAUUGUAGUCCCAUAUGUAGAUUUUCAUGGCAACACCAUGGAAGUCUACAUGUGGGACUACAAUAGUUUUCAACUAAAUCAAAAUAAUUUCAAGGAAUAAUGGAAAAUAGAU